GUCCUAUAGUAAUAUAAAUUUAAACAAAAUAUACAUAAUGAUGGAAGACUGUGUCGAAUCAGAUGAGAGUCAAUCAUCGCUUCAGACUGCAAAGGGAACAGGAAACUCCUAUCGGAUGUGCAAAGGCAGUCAACGAUAUCGAGAAACCCGUCAUGAGGCUCACAUCUCGAACUCGAGGAAAGCCCGGGAUUCCAGUCCCGAUGGAGAUGCCCCUAUUUAUCCCUUGGAUCCGAAUGAUCUCGAACCGGAAUGCAAUCCCGCGGAAUAUGAUCAAACCUCACCGAGCGAGUGUAGAGAUAAGAUUUUACUAUAUCUAAUCGCAGGAUAUAUAUUGGGAAUCUUGCUGGUACUCUUCUGGUAUUGCUGGAAUCCAUCAAGAGCCCGCUGUGAUCUUGGAAGAAAGUGGUUAUUCAUUAUUUUGUUAUUUCCUUUACUGCUUAUAUUAGCUAAAAGAAGAGCAGCAAGAUGCAUUGCAGUUUUGUGCCUUCCAACUUUAGCGCAUUACCAAACACGAGCUCUUUUUGUGUCCUGGGCUUUCCUGAUUGCUAUUUCGGGUCCCGUGAUGAAUAUCCUUCGUAAUAUAAACAUUAUGGCAUGCAGUCUCAACUGCCAGCAGAAUCAACUUAUAGAUGUCCUUGGGUCUAUGCAUCGCAUUGUAAAUGAUCCUUUGCACAUGAUGGAGGAGUUAUUCAAAAGAACGAUUGAUGUAGUGCUCGGAAUAAGGAUGAAAUUGGAUGAGCUUUUUCUGAAGCUAGAGAAUCCAAUUGCAGAUAUCUAUGCAACCUAUGGAUUAUGCGCCAACUGGUUGGCCUUACAGAACGAAUACUUUGACUACAGGAUGGGAACGCCCUACACUCGCUGUCUGAGAGCGGGGAACUUGAGCGUUUUCCAAUACCAACUUGAAAUCGGGGGGCAGGCAAGAGAUUUUUGUAGACCAGAACUAUUCUCUUGGUUCUGUGAAAGUCUGAAGGGUAAGAAGAGCUUCUUCCGCAAUAAUCUGCAGUUGCCCCAAAUGAUCAUUGAGGAAAUAUUUCUACGUUUACAAAUAUGUCUUCUAAAGACCCGCUUGAUGUUCUUAGCUACCAUUAGUUUUGAUCACAGCGGAAAGCCAAAUACAAGAUUGUUUUUAAGUGAAAGGAAUCUCAUAUACAAUCAGGAGACGACCAGGAACAAGUUAAACCUUAUAUCCAUUUUGCUUUACUUGAUGGUUUUCAUUCUCCUGUUGACAGUGAUCCUUCGAUCGAUAGACUUUCGAUUGCAUUACUUAAUAUCCGAGCACUUUGACAAUGUCUAUAUAACAAAAGAAUUUGAGGUCUACGAAGAACAACAAUCGCAGACAAUGGGGGUUCGAGUCUUACCCCUCAACCUUUGUGAAAAUAAUAAAUAUGUUAAGAUAUCAUCCCUAGAGCUUCUACCCUUCGAGCGUAAGAAAAUUUAUCGUUCGGGAGGAUUUCUACUCAUCACUGGAAUACAGCUUUACUGCCUCUGCCUGGUGGACUACAGUCUUUACAGCAUGUUAGCCCUAAUGCUUCACCAUGGCAACAUGACGGCUGCAGUUCAACCUUCCCCAUAUAGGAAAUUGGUAAUCAAAGGUGGCGGUCAAAUUGGUGAUUUUUUAAGGGCUUUCGUUUACGCGUUUGAACCCAACGUAAUUCAAAUGGACUCCUACAAUUGUCUUCCAGUCCCGGGAAAGCCAAAGUACUUUCAAUAUUUCUGCAUCUUUGUGCUUUAUGUUCUGGCAUGGAUUAUGGUCCUCUGGGAGCCAUAUGGUCUCCGUCAGCGACAUCGAAUAAUGGCCUACUUUUAUCCACAGGAAUCCUGUCGCAGAGUUCAGUAUCUGCACUGUAGCAUACUUAAGGAGAGAAAAUCUUUACUUCAGCUUAGUCGUCAACGAGCCCGCUUCUUAAAUUGCUAUCAAUAUGAGAAUAAAAUAGUUUCCUGCAUCUCUCAACUUAAUUCGUUAACCAGCUGGUUCUUUAGUGGUUGCCGUAGCGUCUUUAUAGGCAGAUCCUGCACUGUUUGCAAUAAACCUCUGACAAAAUCAGACCAUAUUUACUGCGACUCGCCCAACUGCUCAGGAGUCUACUGUAAAACAUGUUUUAACGACUUGAAUAAUUGCAUAUUGUGUGGUUUCCCAUCGGAAUGUGAUUUUUCGGAGAUUGGAGACUCCUCGGAUGAUUGGGAGAAUAUUAACUGCUGUCCUGAUAACAUACAAAUCGAUAGCUGCCAAGUUUUUAAUUAGAAGUCGGGACUUGAUAACACUGGGCAGUGCCCUUAUCAAGUCCCAUAUUGUCUAGUGGUUAGGAUAUCCGGCUCUCACCCGGAAGGCCCGGGUUCGAUUCCCGGUAUGGGAAACUUUUU